AUGGCCGCCACAGCCACGAAUCCCACGACGUCGACACUUUUGGACAUUCUCACAAAGCCAUGGGACCUCAAACAGACCGACUCGUACAUGUCCACUUUUGUACCGCUUUCCUAUAAGGUUCGCUUUUUUUGAGUCUAAAAACUAGAAAUGCUUUUUUUGCAGAUCAUGAUCGGCUACCUCGUCGUGAUUUUCUUCGGCCAAAAGAUCAUGGCCCAUCGGAAACCGUUCGAUUUGCAAAACACACUGGCCCUCUGGAAUUUCGGCUUCUCGCUUUUCUCCGGAAUCGCCGCCUACUACCUCAUUCCAGAACUUUACGGCGUCUUCCGAAAGGACGGAUUUGUUGGUGCGUUUCUAAUUUUUCUCUAAACGGUUUUUGUUCCGCAUUUUUGCAGCGUCGUACUGCCAAAACGAGUCAUACUACACGGACGCGACGACAGGCUUCUGGGGCUGGGCGUUCGUGAUGUCUAAGGCGCCGGAACUCGGCGACACAAUGUUCCUGGUGCUGCGGAAGAAGCCGGUGAUCUUCAUGCACUGGUACCACCACGCACUUACCUUCGUCUACGCCGUCGUCACUUAUUCGGAGCACCAGGCCUGGGCUCGCUGGUCCCUCGCCCUCAACCUCACCGUCCACACCGUCAUGUACUUGUGAGUCGCCUUUUUGAAAGAAUUUUUGAACAAAAAGCGGAGGUGUCCCAUCAGGCGACGACAUACUUUUGAGAGAGAUUUUUCAGUUUUACGGGGACGGAAGCGGGAAAAUAUGGUGCACACGUUCGUUGUAACUACUUUAAAACCGGCUUAGUUGCGAAACAUAACGGUUGCGAAACGUAGAAAAAUAAGCCAUUCAUUCAUUUUCUCAUCACACUUUUUUGCAGCUACUUCGCCGUGCGCGCCCUGAACCUCAACACGCCGCGCCCGGUGGCCAAGUUCAUCACGACGAUCCAGAUUGUGCAGUUCAUCAUCUCGUGCUACAUCUUCGGACAUCUCGUCUUCAUCAAAUCCGCCGAUUCUGUGCCCGGAUGCGCUGUCAGGUACGCUUUUUCUCAAUGUUCAGAUGUUUUAACCUGAAUUCAACCCAUUCUUUCUCAUAACAAUUUUCAAUUUUGCAGCUGGAACGUUCUGACGAUCGGAGGACUCAUGUACAUCAGCUACCUGUUCCUCUUCGCCAAGUUCUUCUACAAGGCGUACAUUCAGAAGAAGUCGCCGACCAAAACCGCCGCCAAAAAGGACGAGUAA